AUGCCCCGCGGGCACCGUCCCUCACCUCUCGCGCAAGAGGUUCACCUACGCCCCGUCUCAGAACAACCCAACCUCGCCAUUGCCGACCCGAUAUUCUGGAAGCGCUUCUCAGCCGCAAUACACGAGGCCGAGGGAGCCGCCGAUAUAGAGAAUGGCAGGGCUAGGUCGACAAGUGCCAGCACGGGGGAGACUAUGGACAAGCAUGGGGACGAUUGGCUGGUUAGACAGCGUCAGAAGAAGCGCCGGUGCCGAGUUAUUUCGUGGAGUAUUACGCUAUCUAUCGCGUUGGUGAUCAUAGCGGUUGCUGUCGUUGCAUGGUACUUCACCGCCGGGCCUGGAAAGGCAGAUGGUGGGAAGGGCAAAGCUUGA